AGAAGUCCCCGCGGCCGGGAGGGUGCUGAGGCUUCCUCUCGCCGGCCCGGGAACGUGGAUACCGCGCCCGCAGGAUGUUCGCCGGCUGGGCCGGGCAGUCAAGAAACAUGAGAAGGCCUCGGUAUUCCUGUUCCCGGGCCGCGCGCGCCCGUCUGGGUAAAUAAAGCCGAGACGACGGCUGUGGCUGCGGUGAGCGCGCUGGAGCCCGCGCCGAAAACAUGCGGCGGGAAUGGGAGUGCGCCUAGCCUCAACGCGGGAGAGCCAGCCGCCCUGCCACCGGCCGCCGGCCCCACCACCACAGAACCCGAGCCCUGCGGAGCUCCCGGCGGCCAGGCCUCGAGGCGCUGCGGCCGCGCGGCGAGCCCCAGCCAGCCGGCACCAUGAACACCAUCGUCUUCAACAAGCUCAGCGGCGCCGUGCUUUUUGAGGACCGCGGCGCUCCGGAACGGGAACGGGGCAGCCGGCCCUAUGGUGGCGUCCUGGACAGUCCCCACGCCCGCCCUGAGGUGGGCAUUCCGGACGGCCCGCCCCUCAAGGACAAUCUCGGCCUGAGACACCGGAGAACAGGGGCCCGGCAGAACGGCGGGAAGGUGAGGCACAAGCGGCAGGCUCUGCAAGACAUGGCGCGGCCCCUCAAGCAGUGGCUUUACAAGCACCGUGACAACCCGUACCCCACCAAGACCGAGAAGAUCCUCCUGGCGCUCGGCUCGCAGAUGACGCUGGUGCAGGUGUCAAAUUGGUUUGCUAAUGCACGACGUCGGCUUAAGAACACUGUUCGACAGCCAGAUUUAAGCUGGGCUUUAAGAAUAAAAUUGUACAACAAGUAUGUUCAAGGAAACGCUGAGCGGCUUAGUGUAAGCAGCGAUGAUUCAUGUUCUGAAGAUGGAGAAAAUCCUCCAAGAAACCACAUAAAUGAAGGGGGCUAUAAUAAUCCAGUUCACCAUCCUGUGAUUAAAAGUGAGAGCUCAGUCAUAAAAGCUGGAGUGAUCAGGCCAGAGUCACGGGCCAGUGAGGACUAUGUAUCACCCCCCAAAUACAAGAGCAGCUUAUUGAAUCGUUACCUUAACGACUCUUUGAGGCAUGUCAUGGCCACAAAUGCUGCCAUGAUGGGAAAGACAAGGCAAAGAAACCAUUCGGGAUCUUUUAGUUCCAAUGAAUUCGAGGAAGAAUUGGUGUCUCCUUCAUCAUCAGAAACCGAAGGCAACUUUGUCUACCGUACAGACGCUCUGGAAAAUGGAUCCAAUAAGGGUGACAGUGCAGCCCACAGGAAGGGACCAAGCAAGGAUGACACAUACUGGAAGGAGAUUAAUGCCGCUAUGGCCUUAACAAAUCUUGCACAGGGCAAAGACACACUGCAGGGAACCACCAGCUGCAUCAUCCAGAAGUCGUCACAUAUAGCAGAAGUCAAGACCGUCAAAGUGCCACUGGUCCACCAGUUUUAAGGGUUUGUUGCUUUUCAGACCAAUGGCUGUUCUUCACGUCAGUGUUUUCCCAUAAAGCCUCCUCCUACGAGCCGAAGCAGAAGUGGAAAUGACUCCCUUUCAAACCUCUUUUUAUUUUUAAUUAUCCUAACUAUAUCAUUUAGUUGCUUCUAUAAAAGACAUAUAAAUUAUAAAAACCUCACUUUAAUCAAAAAUAGUAACUUAUUUUAUAUUACUCAAACUAUGCAUCAGGUGUCUGCAUUGCCGUUACAGUAAGUGCCUUGCUUCCCAAAAAUCAGCAGCAACGUGGGCGUAGUGGAGCAGCUAUGCCUCAAAUGACAACACCGCCAUGCUUGUUCGUCUGUGUGUCACUCCAGACGGGCCUCUGACCAUUCCAGGACUGAAACCACACGCGCUGAAAGGCCUCACAAUGUAUUCAGUAAUUCACGUGUUACAACUUGGACAUCUAUUCAGCCCAAAUGAAACGUUCCUCUUAAAAAAACAACUUCUGCAGCAUUUAAAAUUGUUGAGCAUGCUUUUCAGAGUGACAGUGAGAAUUUCAUGCAUGUAUCUUGCCUGCCUAUCAGACACACUACAAAGUUCCAAAAGGAAAGGAGCGGUGAUCACAUAACAUGUACACGUAAAAAGAAUCCAGUGAAUACAUUGUGAUCUGAAGAACUUUUUCCAAGCAUUGCUGGAAAAUACCACAAUGCCCUUUUAGAAUUCAUUUGGAUUUUCUUUUUCUUAAAUUUCGCUGAAGUUCUUAAAAAUUUUAUUAUAUAAAUUACUCAAAAUGUUGCCGUGUAGAACUAAACCUAUAGUUUAGUUUUAACACAUAAUCCUGUUUGCGUUAAAGUUCAGUGCUUUUUGUGAUGGAAAGCUUUUCAUGUGGAAUGGUUAAAAAACCUUUUAGUUGGUUCAUUUCAAAUUAUAAUUGCUGAUGGACAAUUUGUAUUGCAACGAGAACAAGACAAUGAAAGAAAUGUAUCUUUAUGUGAAUAUACAUAUACACUCAUAAAACUGGUUUUUAAAUUUAAAACAUAUGGAAAACAAACAUUGACAGUCUUUGCAUUUUGCCAAGCAGGACAUUAAAGUAAAAAUUAAGUGAACUCAUGCAUUAAAAGAAGGAACGUUUCGUUUUUAAAUUAGACUAUCACUGAGUGAGAAUAAUCAGUAUCAGGAAAGAAGAAUAUAGUUUUCAACCAAACAAUAAUAUUCUAAUCAGCUGGGGGAGACUUGAAACUUGAAUAAACAGUGGAGAUGCCAAAUAUAAGAGAGAAUAUGUGCUACAGAGAAGUAAAAAGGAUUUGACUCUUUUAUGGUGGGAUGUUUUUUCUGGGUAUGUAAUCUAUUUUGUAAUUUUUUUUUUUUUAACUGGAAAGCUUUUUUGUGAGUGUGAAUGAGAGCCAUUAGUGCAGCCAUGUGGUGAUAUUUUUCUUUAUUUUGCAAAAUGUUUUUCAAACCAAAGGCUGCUCUAGUUGAUAUGUGGACAAUAUCAAUCUUGAUAUAAAUCGUAGGACACUUUUUCAUGUAACAUAGUAUUUGGGGUUUGGGUUUAUUUAGUGUAAUGAAAAUAAUUUGAUAUAAAAAUAUUUUGUAUAUAUAUUUUUACUUUGUUUUCUAAAUUGCUGUUUGCAGUAACAGUAAGUGCAAAGCAGGAUAUGUUAAGUUAUGACUGUAUGAUCAGAUGAAGUAUGAGUUCAUUUGGUUUACAUCCUUAAAUAGUUACAGAUCCUUGACAAAAACUUUCGAAUCUUUACCAGUUAAUUUUGUCAUAAUGUGAUCAUGUCAAAGAAAGCUAAGGACAAGUACUUCACUCUUUUUCAUACUAUUAUAAGUUAUUCUGGUAUUAAAUAUUUUAAUAAAAUUGACUUUGUUUUGACAUAUUUCAGUUA